UGUCACCUAAUCUAAUCAUAUUUUCUUCCUUUUCGUUUUUUUCUGUCUCUGUUUGUUGGUGUGUGAAUGUUUAUGAGGGGUUUGUGAAUUACUGAAAAAACCUACGUGUUUACCACCAUUAACAAAGGAACUUAUAAUUCUCAAUUCAGUACCAGCAAACAAAAAUGUGCAGAGGGCAAGCAGCCAAGGGUCUAUUGACCAAACUACCACAUUUAAUUAGUAAAAGUUCUGGAUUAGCACAACUCGGUGUCGGAACAGUUACUGGAUUAACAACCGGAUGUGUUAUGUCGAAGCUUGGGAAAACUGCGGUUGCAGUUACCGGAACUGGUAUACUACUUGCGCAAGUAGCACACAGUCAAGGGUGGGGCAGCAUGGAUUGGAAAAAAAUCAAAACAAAAGCUCACGAAACGACGAAGGCGAUUGAUACAAAAUACCACAACACAAAAUUCUCAUCUAAUAUGAAAGAAUUUUCUCAAACUAAUCCAUACUUUACGGCAGGAUUUGUCGGAGGAUUUUUAAUUGGAAUGGGAAUAUAAAAAUGUACUUGUGUCUUAUUAACGAAAUGUGAUUUUAUAAAGUUUUUAUUUAUA